AUGCACGGUCCUGUCCUGCACCCGCCCGGGCCCUGCCUGCGGGGCCAGCGCAGCCUUGGGUGCUGGGCGGUGGGACAGCGGGAGAUCGGCCGAACCCCAGGACGAGCCUUAGCUGCCCAGUGCUGCCCAAACCGUGAGAGCAAGCCUCGGGUAAGAGCAUCCGUAGAGGACCCUGCUGCAGAGGCAUCUUUAGUGCCUUCAUUUGGAAGAAAACGGGCUCAGAGAGGGGCAGUCAGUUGCCCAAGGUCACACAGCUCGUCAUGCGUCCAAGGAUUCAGAAGCACAAAUUCGUUCACCAUGGCUCCUAAGAUCCGCCUCUUCCCCAAAGGCAAUCGCAGUAAGCCGGACUUAGAAAUAGCCGUGGUGCCUGAAGGAUUGGUCGGUCUUCUGAGCUUUGGAGCAUAUUGUGAACUGCUGAUGCAGGUUUGGGGGACACAGAAUUCCGAGCUGUCGGCACAUUCCUGCGGUGGGAGAAGCCAGCCCCCGCGGAUGACACAGCAUGCACAGCCCCACCCUGCACCCCUCCCAACCGCCCCCCCUCACACCGGUGGCCAGCCCAGGUCAGGUGGGGCCAGGCCAGUGUCUCAGAGGGCCCUGCGGGAGCAGCCAAACCCGGAAGAUUCUCCAGGAGGGGUGGCCCAGGUCCAGGGAAUGGACCAAGGGCUCCACCCCAGCCUCCGCUUGUCCAAGAUCGCAUUUUUGAGGACUGGUCAGGACAAGGUUGGGGAAGCCGUGCCAGUUCUCCUGGGGCUUUCGGAAUGCAAUGGAAAGAAAGCUCUCAGGCCCUGGAGGGCAGGGGUGGGACCUCUCGUUUAUGGAGAAGGUUCCCAGCGCUGA